AUGCAGCUCAAGAACCUGAUCUUCGCCGCCGCUACUGCCGCCGCUCUUCCGGCCACCGACGCUGCCACCAACCAGCCCUUCGGCGUCAUCUCCAUCCACUCCGGCAGCAGUGUUCAGUAUGCUCCCUUCAACGCCGCCCUUGGCAGCAUCUUCGCCGGCCUGAAGAGUCAGAACGCCAGCUGCUCCAACCCCCAGGACCAGACCGCCACCUUCGUCCUCAACGACGGUGCUCUCUACCUGUAUGACCAGUCUGCCACUCCCCAGGAGCUCUACGUUGAUCGCUCCGGCAUGGGCCAAGGCAAGAUCGGAUACACCACCGGCGCUCAGCCCGCCCCCAAGAACGGUGAACGCCAGGGCUGGUCCAUCGACCAGAACAACCACCUGCAGUUCGGUGGAAAGGACCUGAUUGCCUGCCCCAACAGCAUCCAGGGUGCCUGGAGCAUCUGGGCCGAUGCUGGUGUCGAGAAGCCCGGCUGGAACGAGGGCUGUGAGGGUAUUGCUGCCCGCGUUGAGUACAGCAAGAACCCCAACGUUUGCUCUUACACUUCCAACUAA